CUUGUUGAGAAUCUGUCAACUAAUCAGUUAGCGGCAAACAAGUUCGGUGGACGGUUAUCGGUGGAAGAACAAAUUCACACCACGUUUAAAAAAAAAAUUGUUGACAUUUGUUAUAAUUUUUUUUACGCGGUUAUUUAUGCUUUUUUUGUUGACUACAAAAAAGACUCCUAUAAAAAAAGAAAGAAUAACUAUAGUAGUAAAAUUUACAACACAUUUAUUAAUCCCAAUAUAUUGUUAAUUGGUGUUUAAACGGAUUAAAACAUAAAAUAUACAUUUACGAGUCAUCCUGUUUGGUGUGUAGACAUAUUUUUGACAGAUGUCAGUGCAUAAAUUGAAUAACAAAUCCUGCAUAAACAACAUAAACGUGUUAAACAAAUAAUUUAAUGCAUGUUUCUCAGUCAUAUUUCGGAUUAUAGUGUUUUUUAUGAAGUGAUAUUUGCCUUGUGAUUGUUCAAAUUUACACGUGUAGACAAAAGUGUAACCCUGUCUAUUUUCUGUCUUUUCUAAAAAGAUUAUUAAUUUACUUUCCAUAAAAAACAAACAAAAUUGAUUUAAAAUCAAGCAUGGUUUCCUACUAUAACUCUCUCUCAUAUUCGCAAAAACACAGUGCUGCAAAUCUGCCAUAUCCCGCCGGUCAACCCUGGGCAUGGCAAUCGAAUUACCAUCCGCCGCCAAAUCAUCAAUUUUUAGGCGAUGUCGAUUCGCCCCAUUCGGUGGGACAUCAUCCCAUUCAAUAUUACAAUCACAUGUUUGGUAAUCAUCCAUCGGCAGAUUGGCAUACGACGGAAAACUUUCAAAAUGCUACCCAAUCGCACUUGUUGCAACAGCAUCAGCAUCAACAACACCAACAACAACAACAUCAGCAGCAUCAUCAACAUCAAUCGGGUGCGACACAACUUAACGACUCAGCAAGUAGUGUUGGGGAGCCACAAAUUGCUGAUGGAUUACCAUCGCCACCGAUUACAGUUUCGGGAAGUGAGAUUUCUAGCCCUGGAGCACCAGCAUCAUCAUCAUCGCCCCAUGCUAAUAUGAGUACAAAUAGCAACAAUAACAACAACAAUAAUAGCACGACAAACAACAAUAAUACAAGUGGUAAUAGUACUACGAUAAACAACAACACUAUUCGAUCGUCACCUGUCAAAAGUCCCUACUACGAUUGGAUGAAAAAGCAGUCGUAUACAGCGCAACCCACACCAGGAAAGACCCGCACAAAGGAUAAAUACCGUGUCGUCUACACUGAUUUCCAGCGCCUUGAACUCGAGAAAGAAUACUGCACCUCCCGCUACAUAACCAUCCGUCGCAAAACCGAACUAGCACAAUCGCUUCAACUAUCGGAACGACAAGUGAAAAUAUGGUUUCAAAAUCGUCGUGCUAAAGAACGUAAGCAAAACAAGAAACGAGACGACCCAAUGUCUGCGGUAGUCCAACAUUCUGAUCUUGCCAGCUACAUGGACACAAAGCCCAAAAUUGAACCAGGUCUACAUCAUCUACAACACUCACUGCACCCAAUGAGCUCGAUGGCAAUGAAUAUGCCAAUGAGUUUACACCAUCAUCAUUCAGUUCUACAUCAUGGCCAUCAUCCAUUGGCAGUUCCACCGGCACCACAACACCUUCAUCAGACGCACUCACAAAUGUCAGCUGCAGCAGCCGCCUCUGUAGGUGCGCUGUCAAUGUGAUAAGUUUAUUACAGUUUGAAACCCAGAGUUUUGACAGAAAAAUAUCCUUGCACCCUCACUCAUCACUUUAGUAUAACUUCUUUUAAACUGUUUUAAAUGUCAAAGUUCACAAGAGAUUCUGUGCGUGAUGGUGUUUGCACAGCUUUUUAGUUUUGUAUUUUUGUAAUCAUUUGCAGAUCAAAACUUAAAGCAAGCGUUUUGUUAUAAUUUUAUGGUAUAUAGCAUGUAAUAUAAAUAAAUAUAUAAAUGUAGAUUUUAAAUUAUUUUAUUAUUUUGAAC